CAGCGGCCUUUUACCACGUGAUCAGCCAUGUCCAAUGACACGCUGUGAUCAUCAGUGCCCUGAUGAUCGGUGCCCAGCAGUACCACACACAAGUUCUGCCCACCUGUGCCCAGCAAUGCGCCCACCUGUGCCGCCCACCUGUGCCCAGUAGUGCCACCCACCUGUGCCCACCAGUGCCACCCACCAGUGCAGCCCAGCAGUGCUGCCAGUCAGUGCCCAUCCAUUGUGCCAGUCAGUGCCCAGCAGUGAUGUCAGUCAGUGCCACCUAUCAGUGCUGUCUAUCAGUACCCAUUAUCAGUGUCGCCUAUCAGUGCCACCAAUCAGUGCCGCAUAUCAGUGCCACCUAUCUGUGA